UGCGCCUCCUUGCGACGCGUCUGCACACCCACAGAGCGAUCAAGGAUCGAUUAUUUACGAGGCUUGCUUUGCCCCUUAUCGCUUAUACUGUCGAACACGUGACGAAGUAAACAGCUGGAGAGGUGCUUCAGCACAAGUCUGGAGGGCUGGGCUACCAGACGUCAUGCCGACGGCCGGAGUCCAGAAGACCAGACGGUCGCACACCAAAUCCAGGGGAGGCUGUCAGGAAUGUAAACGGCGAAAGUUAAAGUGCGGAGAACAGAAGCCUGCCUGUUCAGGUUGCGUCAAAAGAGAGAUUCAAUGCGAAUACGUCAAUAGUGGGACAUCUCACCCCUCAGCCAAUGUCGAUCUUCCUGCACCUACUUUGCCCCCCACUCGGGUCCCAUCUUCAUCAAUCGGCUCCCCAACACCUUCGUCGAUCCCCGUGAGAGAGCCUCCGUCAGCUGUUGACCCUAGACUUGGAGUCUCAACACCAGCAGACACCGAGAGGAGGGUUGGACAUUUUGACAUGGAAGACAUGAAUCUCUGGCAUCACUUUAUCAAAGUGACAGCCCCAACAUUGACAACUCCCUGGAAAGAAGAUCUCGUUCAACGAGCUCUUUCUUGCGACUAUUUGGUGCACGGCAUGUUGGCAAGUGGAGCUUUGCAUCUGGGCUAUCUCAGCUCGGAUCCAAAGGAGAAAGAUAAAUACGCGUUCCUGGCGAGCCAGCACCAUGACUUGGCCCUUGGCCCUUUUCAAAGAGCGAUGGCCAAUGUAAACGCUGGGAAUGCGAACCAACUGUGGGUUUUCUCGACUCUGUUGAUGACGUUCACGUACGCCUCCUACCGCUCCACCGAACACUUGUUCCCAUUCUCCGAGGGUGCAUCCAAUGAAGUCUUGUCAAACUGGAUGUUUUGUCUCCGUGGAUGUGUGGGCUUCGUCCAAACGGCCCUGGAGCAUCUAGAAGGUGGCCCUCUUGGCUUCAUCAUCUCCGAGGGAAUGAAAGUCGAGACAGCAAUAGCAGACGGUGCAGUGCCCGAUCCAGAAGUCGACCAGAGCCUGUCCCUCUUGAGAACUGCCGUUUUCCAGAUGCCUCUCAUCAAAAGUACCACCACUGUUGAAGAAAUGGAGGCAUAUGCUGAUGCGAUCGAGCGGCUGCGCAACAUGUUUGCUGCAUACUCGCGGGGCCUCACCUCGCAAAUGACGCGAGCUACAGCAGCUCUCUGGGUUGGAAGGGUUUCGGACACCUUCAUUCGACUGCUGAGUGAGAAGCGGCCCCCAGCUCUGAUACUUACGGCUCAUUAUUGCCUCCUGCUCAAGUAUUGUGAGAAUGUCUGGUACAUGGAACAGCGCUCUUACUAUUUGUUCGAAGCCGUUAAGCAGAGUUUGGGAGAGCAAUGGGCUCCUUAUGUGGAAUAUCCACAUCGCGUCCUU